AGCAAGAUGGCGGCGGGCAGCGGGGGUUCCGGGCACCGUCGGCGGCGCGGGGCGCUGCGGCUGCUGAUGCGGGUGGGCUCGGUGCUGCUCACGCGCUUCCCGUUCUGGCACUGCCUCAGCGGCCUCCUCCUCAACGCCGAGCGCGCCGACGCCCGCCGGUGAGCCCGCGCGGCCGGGAAAGCGGUGGCGGCGUCGAGGGCGCUUCUGAGCAUGUGCAGAGGGCCUUCUGCGCCUUGACUCCCCGGCGAGUUGUGGGGUCGGGGAAGGAAUCCAGUAUUUGCUUUUAGGAGGUCAUGAGCUUAGGGGGUUUGUGGGGUGGGGAAAGGAGAAGGGUGGGGAGCCCUCCAGGGCCUUCACAGAGAGGGGUUAGGUGGGGGAAGAACCAUAGAAUUGUAAAGUUGGAAUUAUUAUUAUUAUUAUUAUUAUUAUUAUUAUGUGAACCGUCCUGCGACCUCCUGGUAUAGGACGGUAUAUAAAUUCAAUAAAUAUUAUUAUUAUUAUUAUUAUUAUUAUUAUUUGAACCACCCUUAUUCUGUGAACCGUCCUGAGGCCUCCCGGUAUAGGGCAGUACAGUGGACACUCGAGUUGCGAACGUGAUCCAUGCGGGAGGCACGUUCGCAACCCUCAGCGUUCGCAACUUGCAGCGCCGCGUCUGCGCGUGGGCGGGUUGCGAUUCGGCUCUUCUGCAUAUGCACAAAGUGCAAUUUAGCACUUCUGCGCAUGCGCGACUGCUGAAACCCAGAAGUAACCCGUUCCGGUACUUCCGGGUUUCAGCGUAUCCAUAACCCGAAAAAAGGCAACCUGAAGCGUCUGUAACCCGAGGUAUGACUGUAUAUAAAUUCAAUAAAUGUUAUUAUUUUAUUAUUGCUAUUAGUAUUAGUAUUAGUAGUAGUAGUACCCUGCCCAUCUGUGUGGCUUCCAGCAUAAUGUUAUAGAACUGUCUGUGUGUCUUCCUAAACACCAAAAUUAACAAAUGCCAGAGUUUUGGGCUAUUUGUGAUAGGAAAGGAGAAUAUAAGCUGCAAAGGAAUUCCUGGGUAGCCUGGCCAAGCCAGGGCCGUUAAGAGAGCCAUUGUGGGUCAUUAUGAUAACAUAAUAACAUAAUAAACCAUUAAAGAUUAAGAAGCUUCUUUAUGCAGGGCUAAAGGUUAUAUGGUUAUUCCCAAGGGUACUUUCAUCUAACUAACCCCUUGCAACGCAGGAAUCUCCAUUGAAGCAUCUAUUCUUCUUUGGUCGGACCACACCUGGAAUACUUGUGCCCAGUUCUGGGCAAUUUAAGAAGGGUGUUGACAAGAUGAUACAGGGUCUGGAAAGCAAGACUUAUGAGGAACAGUUGAGGGAGCUGAGUAUGUCCAAAAAAGAGAGGAGAUUUGAUAGCCAUCUUCAAAUAUCUAAAGGGCUGUCACAUGGAGGACAGAGCAAGCUUGUUUUCUCCUGCUCUGGAAGCUAGGUCCGGAUGCUUUAGAGAUUGCAGGUUGCCUGGAGAUGAGUCAUAGUUGCCACAGGCGACCAUGCCGGUGGCUGUUUACAAGCCUGCAGGAUGGAUACCUGAACAUAGCUUCCCAAGUGUAUUGGCAAAUGCGUGCAUUUCUUGUCAUGCUUGCAGAUGGGAAGAGAUACGGUGGAAAACUCUGGGAAAAGGAAGUAAAAGAACAUGGAUGUUUAUAUGGUUUAUAUGUUUAUAUUUGGGGUUAGCUGUCUGCGGACAAACGCCGGCUCCCUUGGCCCAUAGAGCGAGAUGAGCGCCACAACCCCAGAGUCGGUCACGACUGGACCUAAUGGUCAGGGGUCCCUUUACCUUUACCUAUAUUUGGGGUAGAAACCUAGAGCUGCUGCUAGUAUAGGUAAAGGUACAGGGACCCCUGAACUUUAGGUUCAGUCAUGGCUGACUCUGGGGUUUCGGCACUCAUCUCGCACUAUAGGCUGAGGGAGCCGGCGUACAGCUUCCGGGUCAUGUGCCCAGCAUGACUAAGCCGCUUCUGGCGAACCAGAGCAGCGCACGGAAACGCCGUUUACCUUCCCGCUGGAGCGGUACCUAUUUAUCUACUUGCACUUUGACGUGCUUUCGAACUGCUAGGUUGGCAGGAACAGGGACCGAGUAACGGGAGCUCACUCCGUUGUGGGGAUUUAAACCGCCGACCUUCCGAUCGAUCGGCAAGUCCUAGGCUCUGUGGUUUAACCCACAGCGCCACCUGUGUCCCAUGCUGCUAGUAUACUGACUUACUAAAACACACACACACACACAAACACAUCCCCCCAAGUCCAGACUUUCAAAAUAACAUAUCGCGGCAAUGAGUUCCAUAGCACUUCUAACAGUCUGUGCUUGAAAUUGAAUUUCCCGUGGUUUCAAAAUGUUGCAUUUAGCAACGCUAAUUAAAUCUGUGUAGCUUUGCAGCAGUUCGUACAUCACGAAAAAACUUUCCAUAGCUGGGUCAUUUCGGGGUGGAAUGAUUCCUCCUGGGUCAUUUUGGGGUGGAAUGAUUCCUCCUUGGGGAUUUAGUUCUUUAAAAAACAACAACCAUAGCCCUAUUUUUCUCUUUCCUUUCUCCUUGUGCUGUAUUUGUUUCUUCUGGGUGCCUUUGAUGACUAAUGUUCUACAUUUUAUUUCCUUGCCCAGAAAACCAGACAUCCCUGUUCCAUUUCUCUACUUCGACAUGGGCAUGGCGGUGCUGUGUGCCAGCUUCAUGUCCUUUGGAGUGAAACGCAGGUGGUUUGCCCUGGGGGCUGCCCUUCAGUUGGCUAUCAGCACAUAUGCGGCGUACAUUGGAGGCUAUGCGCACUAUGGAGACUGGCUGAAGGUGAGAGAGAGGAGAGAGAGAGUCUUUGGCUCAUUGUCUUCUCAAAAGCUGCAGUUGGAAUGUACUAGAUUGCAGCUGAGUAGAAGAGCGCUUGCUCUGCGUAUAAAAUGUCCCCAGGUUCAGUCCACAGCUUGGGAACCACCAAGGGAAGAAGGCUCAGAGCCUGGGGGGUAGUCUUGGGACGAUGAAGAGGGAGAAGACUGGGAGGAAGAGGUGUCAGAAGCUGAAGAGGUAACAGGGUUUAGUGAGCGGGAAGAAUCUAUGGCAGAGAGAAGUCCAGAAUCAGAGGCAGAAGCUGAAACAGAAGAGUGGGAUGAGGGAGGCCAGGAGACUGAGAUGAGUCAGGCUAGUGAAGAGUCACAAGUGUCUCCCCCUCUUGCUGUGACAAUCUCCCCUCUUCUCUGGUCUCCCAGAACCAGAAGAGGCAUGAAGAGGGUGGCGCAAAGACGCGCAUGCAGGUGCAGUCUCUGAUUGCUUAGGCAGCGGUUCUCAACCUGUGGGUCCCCAGGUGCUGUUGCACUACAACUCCCAUCAUCCUUGAGCUCUGGCCUUGCUAGCUAGGGGUGAUGGGAGUUGUAGUUCAACAACAUCUGGGGACCCACAGGUUGAGAAAGGCUGGCUUAGAGCAUCGUCUCCAAUAGCUUAUGAGGAAGGGAACCAAACCCUGGUGUUCGCCCUGAGCGUCAAGUGGUCAGAGGCAUACAGCCAAACCUCACUUGUCGAACAUAAUCUGUUCUGGAAGAACAUUCGUUCAACAACCGAGGCAUGGCUUCUGAUUGGUUGCAAGAGCUGCUUGGACUCAAGCGGAAGCUAUGUCGGAUGUUCAGGUUCCAAAAAACAUUCAAAAACCGGAGCAUUUCCUUCCGGUUUUUGGCAUUUGGGAGCCGAAAUGUUCAAAAACGGAGCUGUUCGAGAACUGAGGUUUGACUGUACUUUUUCUGUAUAUGGACCUGCCCUGCAUGAGUGUAUAAUCCUUUAUAUGCUAUUGAAGCUAUCCUACAUGAAUCCCAGAUAGUAUUUAUGCAUUUAUAUCAACUGCCCACUUUUUAAAAAUCUUAAAAUCUUUGCAGCAAAAGUGAUCCCUGCUGCUUGCUUUCUACACUCAUGUUGCUCUUUGGUCACCUCCCUUUCCAGCCUUAACACCCCUCUCCCUCCCCCCCCCCCAAAUUGCUUUCUUUGCAAUAAAGGACAGUGGUGAGAUUAGAUGUGUCCAGAGGGCUCCUCUUUGCUUCCUGAAGGACAUCAGAGCAGUCUCUCUGUUGACUGGAUUUAGCUUGCAGGCUGAUAGUUGCCUCCUGGCGUAAGGCUGUGGCACUGAGCUUUCCUCUGAACAGAUCUUCAGGUUUGCCUGAGACUGAGGAUCUGCCAGAGGUGAGCAAUGUGAGAUGCUUUAGUUUGUGCCUAUAAGUGCUGAGGGAUAAAGAAUGGUUUGUCUUCUAAAGUGCUUUUAGAGUAAGUACAGGAUUAAUUUUUUAUGAUGGCUUUACUCUACAGGGUAUCUGCUCUGAGCCUGUGUGGAUUAGGCGUUGGUUGUGAAUCUAAGUGAGAUAGCAAAUUGGACAAUGACACCUUUAAUUUUCACCCCGUUUCUGCUUUCUGUCUAGCCCUUCUGGUAUCAGACCAUGGCCCACUUCAGAAGUACAGAUCUUGGCUUAAUACACCAACAUAUUCACAAACCUUGUGCCUGCCUGCUUUGUCGUCCUCACCUUUCCCUUCAAGAUCAACCUAAGAAGUCUUCCAUUAACCCACAUUUCCCGUUAAUGUACAAACCAUUGUUUAAGAUCAUGGCUCAUUCUGAACCCGGCAACCAUAGUUUUGUGGUUUGUGGAUGUAUCAGAAAACUAAUGGAAGGCUUCCUGGAUUAGCCUCAGCAGUGUUGGGGGCUGCGUAAGGCUGGAAUGCACAUAUGCAAUGAUCCUUCAUGUUUAUUAAGCUGGGAUUUGUAGGUCCGAACAAGGCGUUUAACUGUAAUCUUCCCAAAAUGGUCUGUGCUAGACCAGAGUAGAAGAAUGCUCUCUCCUUGCAAAAAUAGCAGUGUGGCUGCUUGGGAAUUUGGGUGCGCAGGAUGCUGUGCCAGGAGGCAAAUGUUUGCAGCUCACAUGAUACAGUAAGCCAGCGUAUCUCUGGUUAUUGUGGAUUCAAGGUGUUUGGUUUGCUUUCCAUUAACUUGCCUGCCUUGUCUUUUGGCACAGGUGAGGAUGUAUUCACGAACGAUAGCCAUCAUUGGUGGUCUCUUGGUCUUGGCUAGCGGGGCCGGUGAGAUCUACCGGCAGAAACCGCGGAACAGGUCCCUGCAGUCCACGGGGCAGGUUUUCAUCGGCAUCUACCUCAUCUGCGUGGUACGUAUGCUGUCAAAUCCCAAAUGUUUGGAACCCUAGAUGUUGCUGGACCACAACUCGCAUCACCCUCACUUUCUUUGCUUGUCUCCCUUUCCUCUUCCAGGCCUACUCUCUCCAGCACAGCAAGGAAGACCGCCUGGCCUAUCUCAGUGGCGUCCCAGGUGGAGAAAUUGCCUUACAGCUCCUCUUUGUCCUCUACGGGGUGCUGGCCCUGUCCUUCCUGUCUGGCUACUACAUCACCGCAGCCGCUCAGAUCUUGUCGGUCAUCCUCCCUCUGGUCAUUCUCUUCAUCGACGGCAACUUGGGUUACUGGCACGAUUCCCGCCGAGUCGAAUUCUGGAAUCAAAUGAAACUGGUUGGGCAGAACGUUGGGAUCUUCGGGGCCGCCAUAAUUUUGGCCACAGAUGGCUGACAUUCGACUCUGUGAGACACUGAAGCACGGUGCUUUGAAGUGGGAGUGGGGUGCAUUUUUUGCAGAGGACGGAGACUCUCCCUCUUUUUUAUUAUUAUUUAUUUUUUUAUCAUUUUACUGCAUCUUUUAAAAAAACCCACCCGUUCCUUGCUUAUUGGCAGCUAAACGAAAGAGCGGGUGGUUGUUUUCAAAAUCCAGAGCCAUUCCUACAUUUUUGUUUUCAUUUCAAAGGACACCGUAGCAGCUUCCUCCUCCAAAUGUUGUAGUAAUUGCGAGAGUCUCUAGCGGGCUCAGGGCUGCAUCAGUGAAGCUUUUGGGCUGUCAUCUCAUUUCAGUGGGGAAGGGGUGAAUCUUUGCUUCCAUGCUGGUCAAUAGGUUAAAGGUAACUUUGCAAAGGUCGCUGUGACCUUGGGUGCGCCGGUUCUGGAUCCCAACCCUGGGGUUGGGGUAGCCAAAGACACAGAGAUCAUUCGACUCAUCUUUGCUCUGUAUACAGAUGGCGGAGGCCAUUGUGGAACAUGCGUUUCCUUCUAACCAGCAAGUCAGGGCUUUUGAAAGGUUCCCAGAAGUUCGUGUGAACAGACUCCUGCUUAGAUGGGCUGGCUUCCUCUUUGCCUGUACCGAAGCUUUUGCAAAGCUCCAUGGGCACGUGUGACAUGCCAGCUACAACCAGUUAGGCAAAAACUGUUCCAUUUGGAACGUAGCAACUCGGAGAAAUGUCUCCCUGCCGCCAUUCUUGCACGGUACGGAGUGCAUACAGCUUUUGUGCACACAGGGCGUAGCUGAUUAAACGGGAUGGCAAACUGUUGGUGUCAUCCUUGCACGGUGGGAAAAGAAGAGCUGAUCCAGCGCUACCUUUUACCUGACUCCGGAGUCUUGGAGGCUGCUCUCAAAAUGCUUGGUGGAUGGGAUUGGGUUGUUGGGGAAGAGAAGCCUGAAGUUCAUUGCCCCUCACCCCUGGAAGGGGCAAGCUCAGACUUGACAAUAUUGGACUAGGUGGGCUGCCUAAUGAUCCAAGGCAGCUUUCAAGAGCUCAGAAACUCCUGCUACUUCCAUCCCCCAGCAUUGAGCAGGUUUUGUUCUGGAAUAAUUUAUUCUAGGGCUGGGGAUGCUGAGACCCUCCAGAUUUUGCUGGACUACAACAUCCAUUGUCCUUGACCAUUGGACACGCUUGCCAGGGCCAAUGGCAGUUGGGUUUCAUCUGGAGGGCCACUGCAGCAUAACUUGGGAAAGGCUGAGAACGGUUCUCUCACCAUGAGGGUGUGGGGUACCUUAAUUUCCCAGCUGGUUAUGUACAAACGCAAGCUCUUUCUCUAUCUGCAAGAUCAUGCUUGGCACAUUUUAUUUAUUACUUCAGGACCCAAAGGCGACACAGAACUGAAUCAUUGCUCCAUAGUAUUGGCGUCUCUCCGGAUUCCCAAGUUUGUUUUCUCUUUUGAAAAGAAUGAGGGGGUGGGGAAGGGGAUUCUCAGCAUGUUCAUAAAUCUUUAAAACCUAGCAUAAUCAGCUAAAAUGGCACGUGCGCUGAAACACAUUGAAUUGCACUGUUAUAGGGACAGGAAGCUGCUUUUGGGGUGUGGAGGCGACCUACCACCAGAACACACAUUUAAUCUCCCCCUGUACCUGAUUAGGUUUUUCUUUGUUGACCCCAGUGCUCAAGCUUUCUGCAGUUUAAUCUGCAUACAUGCAGUUUCUACAAUGGGGAUUGCACUUCAGGGAAGAGUGUGCAUGAAGGGGAAACAAGAAAACCCUUGUCGGAAUUGAACAUCCCCAUGGAAUUUGGUGUGUAUGUUGAGGAGGGUGGGAUGUUUGUGUUUGGCUGGGGCUAGCCAGGAGUUUAAAAUGCUGCCCAGCAAUCACUCCUGGGAAACAAUAGCCACACCAUCUGUUUGGAUGCAAUGGUGUGUGUUUGCUUUUUAAAAAGUAUCGUCUUCCAUUUCGGUCGUAUCCAAAGCACUCCUGUGGAGGCACUUUGGAGCUGAUUGGGCUUUCUGUUCUAGGCUCAAACACCAUUGAAACACGGUUGACCAUACACUGCAUUCCCCCUUUCCCUUAUUGGCAGAUAAUUGCUGAUGGCUGCGUCUUCCUUUUGGCUUUUUCUAAACCACACUGUGUUUAUGGAGGAUCAAGAAGAAAAUAAAACACUUUUUCCAGUCUCCCAUUUUUUAUCUUUCCGUGCCUGUCCUUUCCGCUGCUUCCAAACACUCGUCAGUCUUUGAACUUCCAAACAACCCAAGUUUUAGCAGGGCUGCAUGGACCAGGGAGGUUUCGGUUAUGCAAUGCUUGGCAUCCCAGGCAGAAGCUGGCAGC